AUGCGAGACUGUGUCCCCUCCGCCGCCCCGUCCGUGUCCAUGGCAACGGCGGGCGCUCCCGGCGCCAUGGCGGCCGCCGCCGGCCCCACCGUCUUCCUCGUGGCCGUCAACGGGCAGAUCGAGAGCGGGCAGUUCCCUGGGUAUGACGAUCUCUACUGCAAGUUCUGCUUCGUCUACGGCCAAGACUGGGUUCCCACAGCGGGCCUGGAGGAGGGCAUCUCCCAGAUCACCUCCAAGAGCAACGUGUCACCCACCACACUGAUCUGGAACUUCCCCAUCGACAUCACCUUCAAGAGCACCAACCCGUCCGGCUGGCCUCAGAUCGUGGUGAGCGUCUAUGGACCCGACUUCUUUGGCAACGAUGUAGUCAGAGGUUACGGAGCCGUUCACGUUCCCUUCACGCCGGGCAGGCAUACAAGAACCAUCCCCAUGUUUGUUCCAGAGUCCACAUCCAGGCUGCAGAAGUUCACAAGUUGGUUCACAGGGAGACGCCCAGAAUUUACUGACCCCAGAGUGGUAGCACAGGGAGAAGGAAGAGAAGUCACACGGGUACGAUCUCAAGGCUUUGUGACCAUUUCCUUCAACGUGGUGACCAAAGAUAUGAAGAAGUUGGGCUAUGAUGUCAGUCCAAGUGACAUGCAGAACCCUCCUCUGGUGCCUGUUUCAGAAGGGUUUCAUAGGUACUGAAGUCCAGCACAGGAUCUUCAAAGGCUCACAGAGAAGUGAAGCACUUUGGGGCAAAGGGAAAUGAGUGACUAAACUGAAAUAACUUCACUUGAGACCAUUAGUCCCAGAGAAACACAAGCCCACGAGGCUUCAGAACAAAUACCUACGUAUAAUUGUUUCAUUAAGCAUAUAAGUCAAAGUAUUAUGUAAAUUAAUGUCAUCAGAUAAUAUUUAGCAUUUUUAUGAGUAACAUCAGACUAUGUCAAGACCUGCAGCAUAUUUUUUAUAACAGCUUUUUGUACAUUUUUAUAUACUUAAAAAAAUAGGAAAGUUUAUAACUGUGGCAGUUUUCCUGGAUUUAAAAUAUCAUUGCAAACCCAGUUCUUUUUACUUAUUUUAUGGCGUGCGUGGUAGAAAUGGAAAAUUAAAACCUUGCACCCUCCAAAAAAGGAGGGAAUGUGGCAAGGAGUGAAAUGAAUACUCACUUCUCUUUACAAAAGCAACAGCAGUUUUCUUCAUAAUCCCACCUAGUCCUUUGGAGUCUGUGCAGAACAGCACAUGUAGAAACACCCUUUUCCACACCUUUUCAGUGAAGCAACUUGGGCUUUUGUGUUUAGAACAGGAUGAUGGUUCCUCCAUUUCCAGAUUUUACUUCUCCAUCAAGCUUCAGGAAACAAAAAAAUAGAAAGGAGAGCAAAAUAUUCACUGUGGUGUUUAAACACAGGCUUGCUGGAUGAUUUAAACUUCUGAAACAACAAAUUGCAUCUUAAAUGCAGAUAUUGACUAACUUCAGAGCAGAGUCUGCAAAGAAAGUGGGGUCUCAGGCAGGCAGCUUGGUGUGCAGCCAUGGAUCAGGUUCCAGAGGCACUGUGCUGCACAGAGGGUGGGGAGGAGCAGGAGGGACCUUCUCCCUUCAGGAGGUUCCUCCAGCCAGGACAUCACACAGAUAACACACCAGGAUUUUUCUUUGCUGGUUUUCUUAGCAAAAGGAAGGCAGUGAAAAAGAACCUCAUGACAUUCAAGUCCCCUCUCAGGUUUCCUUUCCUAUCCCAUAACCUCAGAGAAGGACUCAAAACAAUGUUGGUUGUUAUUAGUGUGUAACUGAAGAAGCCCAAUUGUCUUAUUUGUCUUUCUGCUGCAAGGGUUUCUUCUUGUUUGUGCCAGAACUGAUGUUUUUAAGUCCAAACUCAUCCAGGAUCUGCUGUUCUUCCAGGUACAAAAGAGAAAUGUAUGCUACAAUUAAAUGUCUAAUUCUUAGUCAUUCUCAUAUUUAAAUUUGGGCAUGUUAUCUCUUGUGUUUGACUGCAAAUGCCAGGAGAUAACUGUGAGAAUGACCUGACAUGUUACCACCCUGUAAGUGAAGUACCAAGACCUUGAAACUGUAGAAAUACAAUAAUAACAGUGUUGAACUGCAGAGCCUCCAGGACACACAUCAAAUAAAGCAUCUACUUAGAGACAGUUGUUAUUUCAUGCUGAGCAAUGUGAUUGAAUAAAUAUAAUUCCUGAAAACAUAA